AUGGAUGACCUCAAGCUUGUAAACGCGACCCAAAUUUGCGUUAUCAUUGAAGGUGCCGAAUUCGCAAAAGAUUUCAACUAUUUUAUCACGGUGCAGCUUGAUGGGCAAGGGGAAAAGCGCCGAACUGAUAUUUCAGCAAGAGUUACAAAUCCAAUAUUCUCAGCAAAUACUUUUUAUCUGCCUCUCCCUACUAAUAGGAUUGAAUUGAAUAUGAGAUUAUUAUUUGCAGCAUUUGUAGUUGCUGAUAGAGAUGGAAACGCUGAACAGGGCAAAGGCCAAGCUCGUCUCCUUGGCGAGUCAGUUUUAGAACUUGGCCCAUUAGCUUCAGUGCUUACAGAUGUCAAGGGAGCUGGAACUCGUCAGCAUCUCCGAUUCGUAAGGGUUCAUGAAGGAAAGCAAGUCACAGUCGGACGAUUUUUAGUGACAAUCCGGCUCGUCCCUGAGCAUGCAAUGGUGCCAACUGCUUUAGACGCUGGCGAAAUUUUCCACCCUUUGCCUGUAAAUGACCCAUUUGCAGAAUUCCUCUGGAGAGUCCGUAUUGAUUUCAGAGCAGGUGUUGAUAUUCCUUUUAACAACAUUUCCACAUCUGGGCUACCAUCUCCUUAUUUAGAGUUUGGAUGAAGCGCUUAUAUACAGCAGAGACCUCCAGACAAUGAAAUGGUGAGAUCAUUAAUAAUCCCUAAUAGUCGGCAUCCUAUAUGAAACCACCAAGAAUUAUUUUUGAACCCGAGAAAUGUGACAAAUUUAGAUGGAUUUUUUUGGCUUCUGCUGAAAGAUAGAGUCGCUGCUGAAAGUUUGGAGUCUAUGACGAUUCCGAUUACUGCGAUGAGGGCUUUUCAUCCAGUUCAUAUGGAGGUUGCAACUUCUAGAGGAGGAGAUGCAUCAGAGCCAAGGUGCCAGAUUUAUUGUUCAUUGACCAUUGAAGAAGCAAUAACUACAAGUUUUGUGGACCACCUCAUUGAUAUUGCAAUUAUUGGAGUGAAUUGGGAUCCUCUGCCAACCUCGACCAAUAAGAUCAUGAUAGCUAUGACUACACAUGGACAUCAUUUGACUGAAAUUCCAUUCACUGAAAUCGAUCUAAAAGGAGAAACCAAUCUCUCAAGAGAACUUCUUCGCCAUAAAGCAGAAAGACACUCAGUGUUUUUAACUCCUAUGAUCCCAAUAACUCCUUCAUCUCAUGACAAUCCUUACAACUCUCAAGCUGUUUUUACGAUCCCCAGAUCAUACUUAGAAAACCAGCUAUCAUUCUUUUUAAUAGCUAGGGAUGAGAGUUUGGUAGGGAACACAAGACAUCCUUUGCCAAAUACCAUUGUAGCACAUACUGAAAUCCUUGAUGACGAUUUACAAACAAGCUUAUAGUAUUUUCUAUAUAGUGCGAAAAAUGACAAAACACUUUACGUGCCCAUGAUAUGGAGUACUUCGAGCUCUAUGUACAGAGUUCUAGGACAAUGCAAAUGCACAAUCCAAAUUGGAGUGUUUAGCUUAGACGUAAAUUUCAUAUAGAAGCAAGAAGAUUCCUCAAUCGAAAAAACCAGGAUUGAAGACAGACAAGUAGAAAUGGGAAAAGCUGACCUUUCAUACUCGUUAAGAGCAACUCAGCCCAGAAAUAAAAAUGAGAUGGGAGGAGCUGCACUAUCUAUUGGAAGCAUGGCAGGGGGUGGCGGUGGGAAGGAAAGAUGGGAACUCUUGGCAAGAGAACUACAGCAAAAACAAGAACUUAUUCACAGGCUUAUGAAAGAAAACGAUGAAAAAAGUGAUGCCCUAAAACUCACAGGAGCUGAAAUUAUUGACUUAAGAAGGCAAAUUAAGCUAUUGCAAAGCGAAAAUGCAAUUUUAAGGCAAAGACUGCAUGAAGAAGAAGAGAUUGAUGUAAGAGCUGUUGUCAGCAAAGAAGUAGAGCAAAUGAAUAAUGAAGAGCUUAAACUGAAAAUAAUUAAAAUUGCUCAAAUGUACAGGAACGAGAGAACAAGAAACGAAGAAUUUGAAAAAAUUAUCAAGCAAGCUCAAGGAGAAGUGUCAGAAGCGUAUAAAUAUAAACUUGAAUUAGAUAAGCUAAGAGAAAAACACGAAAGAGAUAUGCAGAAACUCCAGAAAGUGCAAUCUCAGGUAGAUCGCGUCAAAGUAUACAGAGAAACUAUUAAAAAGCAAGAAGCUGUCAUAUCCAAGCUUGAAAAACUCUUACUCUCCCCGUCUCUCAUUGAAUGGGUUAAUUUUGUUAAAAAAAUUAUAUAUAAAUUUUAUGGUGGGUUUAUUAUCAGAAUUUAAAAGACCAAUUUUGAAAUAAUUUUAAUUUAAUUUGCAAAAUUUAUAUUCUAAAUCCAGCUGUUUAAAUUUAAACACAAUUAGCUAGAGAUUUUCUUUAUACUAAUUAUCACUUAAAAAUACUUUUUUAGCUACAGAGGGUGGAUUUUUAAUAAAAAAAAAUAGGGAUUUUUCCAAUGAUUUUGCUCGCUAACGGGAGGGGAGGAGUUAGAUAAAACACUUAAAGAUACUCAACAAGCCAGAGAAACAGUUCAAGAGCUAGAAAAGCUGAGAACAGAGAAUUUGGAACUGCAAAGAAGAUUAAAAGACACAGCUCUUGGCACACAAACUGGAAAUUCAAAUGUUGAGCAAGCUAGACAAGAAGUAAGAAGGCUCGAGAGACUUGUUGCCGAAUUAAGAGAGCAGCUCAAAAGUAAAAGACCAGAAACUCGAGAAGACCAAUCAGAUUGGGAAAGAGAAAAAAUACAGCUUGAAGUCGAUCUUCAAAGAGCUGAGCUUAGGGUCCAAACUAUGCAAGAAGAAAUGGAUAGGAGCUCUGCUAAAUUCGCAAAAGAGCUUGCUCACUAUAAAGGACUUCUGGCUGAGAAGCAAUCAAUAAUUGACACCAUGAGGAUUGGGCAAGACAUGAGCAUGGAUAAAUACUAG